AUGGGCGGAACGGUGGUGGACAAGGCCCAGGACGAGGACGACAAGAAGGCGCAGCGAAAGGCAUCCAGGGAUGGCUUCUGGACCCGCGUGGGCUGGAGCCUGCUGGGCCUGUCCAUGGGGUCCUUCAUCUUCGCCACUGGCUUCCAGGUCGCGGAGGGCUUCGACGACCAGCACACGCAGCACCUCGUGAGGACGGGCGCCGUUUUCCUGAGCUGCCUAUUGUUUGGGAUCAUCUGGAGCUUCGUGUGGAAUCCGCCGGGAGAGGACGCGAAGGACAAGGGGGAAGACGACGCGAAGCGAGAAGUGCAGGAAACCAAGGGGAGGGGCAAAGCUCGCCAACGCCGCAAGACAUGA